AUGCCGGACGAUUUGUUUCAACUGACCAUCCGCAGCAAGGCCCACACGGACAAGACCUUCACGGUCCGCAAGACAAACACCAUCUACGAUAUCAAAUGGAAGUUCCAAAACCCGACAGGCGUGAAGACCUGGGACCAGCGGCUGUACUACACGCCCCCCGGCACCCACGCGCGGCGCAUCCCGCUGGGCAUCGGCGGCUGGCGCGUGGACGUCGGCGAUCGAACCACCAAGGGCGACCCGCCGGGGCCCGGCGCCAAUUGGGUGGGGAUAAUCGGCGCGAGGCCGAAGCCGCCGGCCAACGGGAUGCCCACGCACCACGCGGACGCGAUCCAGUUCGCCGCGUCCCCCAUGGAUAACAUCUUCGAGCUGAUGGACCAGCAUGGCUAUAUGCCGCCCAAGUGGCUGAGGCGCACCGUGGAGCCCGGCUGGGAGGGCGUGGAUCUCCCGGCGUGCCUCAAAGUCACGCCGGUGGUGGCAAAGACGAAGAAGGUGAAGGUGCUGCCCGCGGGCGCCGCGGCGACCUGUGACGUGGACGGGGGCGAUUUAGGGCUGCCCGUGGACGGCGCCACAUUCGUGGAGUUCUACAACGACGUCGUGGACGCGAUCAAGGGGGUGGAGCGGGAGGAAAAGAUGACCAAGACGAGGCUCGCGGGCAGGGCGGGGGACAGAAUUGAGUUCCCUUGCGGUUUGGUGGUGGACUUCAGGGUGGCGAGGCGCAUGGAGGGCGAGGAGGAGCUUCUGGGCUCCCACGGCCGGUUUGCCAUGCUGAGGGUGGAGGACUUUGAGGGGAGGGUGCCCAGGGCGUGGAAGCGACGUGGGGGGAUGUUCUUCGGGAUGCGCCGAAGGGAGAGGAUGUGGGUGGGCCUGGAGGCCGAGGCUGAGAGGCCAGUGGCGGUCAAGGUGGCCGUCGGAGGUGUCAACGUAAUAACAGGGCAGCCCUGGGAGGAGGGUCUGAGCAACAAACCCCAGAAUUACAUCGUCUGCGAUCCACGCGGCUACAUCGAUGGGUUUGCGGUGGGCGAGGGUGGCAUCCGCCAAUUCAAGGCCAUGGAAACCAUGAAGAAGUACAGCCAGAAUGGCGAGCUCUUGAAGAAUAUCGGCAGCGCAGCGAUCCGGCUGGAGGCGUAUCCAGUGAUGCGCACUGACGUACUGGUAUCCAGAGAUCACCUGAGGCCCUUCGAGAGCCCCAUCAACGAGACCCAAACCCCUGCUGAGGCUGGCCUGACCCCAGGGGACGUGUUCUACAUGACGUCCCACGAGUUUGGAAUGCGCCCAUCUACCCUUGUGGACUUUGUGGACACUGACACCUGUGACUAUCUGCUCUUGGAGGACGCCAGCCAGAUGGAGCGCUACAUGCGCCUGGCGGACUAUGGGAUAGACAGGGAUUGUGUCAUCGAGUUAAUUAAUAAGCAGGGGCACUGCAGGAACGAGUCCAAGGUGGACUGUGACAGACCACGAACGAUGAAGCGUGUGCAGCAGCGGUUCAGGGACCGUGUGGGACGGGCGUUUUGGGACACCCGACACCCAGAGUGCGCCUUUGUGUCCAUGCUGAACACGAUGCAAUACAAGGCGAUUGCCGGCCGGGAACCACCCCCGACGCGCCUGGUUGGGCCGAUGCAUAAUGGGAGGCCUCAUUUUGACGGACUUGACGAAGUUGUGUUGCCGGACGCCCAGGUAGCUCAGUUUCUGCCAGAGCUGGAGGGGGAUGCGAUGUUGGAAUGUGUGGCAGACGUUAAGGAGGAGGACCGGCCGUUGCUUGAGAGGAAUCUGUGCAAUCAGUGUGUGGUACAUGCGUGCUGCAACGACCUGUCGCCCUGUCGCCACAAACUGUGUGCUGAGUGCACAGGAGUGCUGGCACAGGCGAACGCAAUGUGUAAGAUGUGCCACCAGAACGUGGUGGGUGUGAGGAGAUGGUCUAGGGCAUUCGUAAAGGCGGACGACAUCAUGCGACGCGAGGCUAGUGCUGUAGUCUGUCUGCACAUGAACUGCCCUUGGGAAGUAUGUGGGCAGUGA